AUGCGGGAUCUGCACAAGGUGUUCACUGACCUCGAGAAAGCAUAUGACAGAGUUCAGCGAGAGGUGUUGUGGUGGAUGCUGAAGAAGAAGAGAGUACUACCGAAGUACAUAAACUUAAUCAAGGAUAUGUACGAGGGAGAUGUCACUGGUGUUUGGACUUGCGACGGAGUUUCGAGCGAUUUUUUGAUCAAGAUAGGGCAACACCAAGGAUCAACCUUGAGUCCUUAUUUAUUUGCUCUAGUGAUGGAUCAAUUAACGAGGUGGAGACUUCAAUGCUGGCGACAAACUCUUGAAUCCAAGGGAUUCAGACUCAGUAGGACCAAGACUGAAUACCUGAGGUGCGACUUCGACGAUCCCAGACCGAAUGUUGGGGAUGUUUUGCUCGACAGACAACUAGUGCCUAAAAAGGAUUCCUUUAAAUAUCUGGGUUCGAUAAUCCAAAGCGAUGGUGGGAUUGAAGAGGACAUUCGACAUCAGACCCAAGAAGGAUGGGAAAAAUGGAUAUUGGAUAAAGGUGACUUGUGCGACCGGAAAUUCCCCUUAAAGUUGAAAGGAGAGUUCUACAAAACUACGAUUCGACCCAUGAUACUUUAUGGCACUGAGUGCUGGGUGACUAAGGACCAGGACACCAGACAACUGUGCACAACUGAGAUGCAUAUGCUGAGAUGGGUGUGCGGACACAGAAGGCAUGAUCAUAUCAGGAAUGAAUACGUUCGCAAGAAAAUGAAGGUAGUUACACUCAAGGAUAUGCUCACCCAACAUCAGUUGCGCUGGUUUGGGCACAUACGUCGAAGACCUCAUGAUGCACCGGUUCGAAUAGAACACAUUUUGCGAGCUGAGGGUCAGAUAAAACGUAGAGGUGGACCUAAACUUACGUGGGAUGAGUGGGUGAAGCGUGACUUAGAGAAACAUAAUUUAACAGAGGAAGAUGCAUUGGAUAGACGGAAGUGGAGAGCAGCGACCCGCAUGAAAGAGGUAGGAUUUUUGUUCCCGGUUUGA